GGCUUUUGCCUGGGGUUCUCAGGAGGGGAGAGGUUGGGAGAGGCUUUGCUGCUGAGGAAAUUUGUUUGGUAGACUGAAGGUUUGGUCGGAGCUAGAAGAAGAGAAAAAAUUCACACAAGCCAAUGGUGUUCAAGACAAAAAUAAGCCUGUUGCCUUGAGUUUGUAGGUGCCACUACUACUCUGGGAAAAUGGCAGAUGACGAAGAAUAUGAGGAGGUGGUGGAGUACUACACGGAAGAGACAAUUUAUGAAGAAGUGCCAGGAGAGACAAUAACAGAAAUCUACGAAACUACAACAACAAGGACCACAUCUGACUAUGGGCAAUCGGAAACUUCCAAACCGGCACUGGCAGAGCCGGUGCAGGCCAAGCCAGUGGAGAGGAAAAAGAUCAUCCGGAAGAAAGUGGACUCUUCGAAGUUCAUGACCCCCUACAUUGCACACAGUCAGAAAAUGCAGGAUCUUUUCAGCUCAAAUAAAUACAAGGAGAAUUAUGAGAAAGCCAAAGGACAGCCAUAUGCCAGCACAUCCGAUACGCCAGAACUUCGCAGAAUCAAGAAAGUCCAGGAUCAACUUAGUGAGAUUAAGUAUCGAAUGGAUGGUGAUGUUGCUAAAACUAUUUGUCACGUAGAUGAAAAAGCAAAGGACAUUGAACAUGCAAAGAAAGUGUCGCAGCAAGUCAGUAAGGUUUUAUACAAACAGAACUGGGAAGACACCAAGGAUAAGUACUUGCUUCCCCCUGAUGCCCCUGAACUUGUUCAGGCCAUUAAGAACACAGCCAUGUUCAGCAAGAAACUUUACACUGAAGAUUGGGAAGCAGACAAAAGUUUGUUUUACCCGUAUAACGAUAGUCCGGAACUGAGGAGGGUUGCCCAAGCCCAGAAAGCGCUCAGUGAUAUUGCCUACAAAAAGGGUCACGCUGAACAGCAAACUCAAUUCACAUCUCUGGCCGAUCCUCCAGACAUAGAAUUUGCCAAGAAAGUAACUAACCAAGUGAGCAAGCAAAAAUACAAGGAAGACUAUGAAAAUAAAGUCAAAGGCAAAUGGAGUGAGACACCUUGCUUUGAAAUUGCAACUGCCAGAAUGAAUGCUGAUAAUAUCAGCAAUAGGAAAUACCAGGAAGAUUUUGAAAGCAUGAAAGACCAGAUCUACUUCAUGCAGACUGAAACACCAGAGUAUAAAGUGAACAAGCAAGCUGGAGUGGCAGCUAGCAAGGUGAAAUAUAAAGAGGACUAUGAAAAGAAUAAAGGAAAAGCAGACUACAAUGUACUUCCUGCCACAGAAAACCCACUGCUCAGGCAGCUGAAGGCAGCAGGAAAUGCCCUAAGUGAUAAACUGUACAAGGAAAACUAUGAAAAGACAAAGGCAAAGAGCAUAAACUACUGUGAGACCCCCAAAUUUCAAUUGGAUACAGUUCUUCAGAAUUUCAGCAGUGAUACUAAAUAUAAAGAUUCCUACCUAAAGAACAUUUUGGGACAUUAUGUAGGCAGCUUUGAGGAUCCGUAUCAUUCACACUGCAUGAAAGUCACAGCUCAAAACAGUGAUAAAAACUACAAGGCAGAGUAUGAAGAGGACAGAGGCAAAGGCUUCUUCCCCCAGACGAUUACUCAAGAAUACGAAGCCAUCAAGAAGCUCAAUCAGUGUAAAGAUCACACCUACAAAGUCCAUCCAGAUAAGACAAAAUUCACACAAGUUACUGACUCUCCUGUUAUGCUGCAAGCCCAAGUCAAUUCUAAACAACUGAGCGAUCUAAAUUAUAAAGCAAAACAUGAAACUGAAAAGUUCAAGUGCCAUAUACCACCAGAUAUUCCUGCCUUUAUCCAACACAGAGUUAAUGCCUAUAACCUGAGUGAUAAUGUUUAUAAACAUGACUGGGAGAAGAGCAAAGCUAAGAAGUUUGACAUUAAAGUGGACGCCAUUCCCCUGCUGGCAGCCAAAGCCAACAGCAGGAACGCCAGUGAUGUGAUGUACAAGAAGGACUAUGAGAAGAACAAAGGGAAGAUGAUCGGAGCCCUCAGCAUUAACGAUGACCCGAAGAUGCUACACUCGCUGAAGACAGCCAAAAACCAGAGUGACAGGUUAUACAAGGAAAACUAUGAGAAGACGAAGGCAAAGAGCAUGAACUAUUGUGAAACCCCAAAAUACCAACUCGAUACUCAGCUGAAGAACUUCAGCGAGGCUAAAUAUAAAGACUUAUAUUUAAAGAAUAUUUUGGGACAUUAUGUAGGCAGCUUUGAGGACCCAUAUCAUACACACUGCAUGAAAGUUGCAGCUCAGAACAGUGACAAAAGUUACAAGGCAGAAUAUGAAGAAGAUAAGGGAAAAUGCUAUUUCCCUCAGACGAUAACACAAGAAUAUGAAGCAAUCAAGAAGCUAGACCAAUGUAAAGAUCAUACCUACAAAGUUCAUCCAGAUAAGACCAAAUUCACAGCAGUCACUGAUACUCCGGUACUAUUGCAAGCCCAGCUCAACACAAAGCAGCUUAGUGAUCUGAAUUACAAAGCAAAACACAAAGAUGAGAAGUUCAAGUGCAGUGUCCCAGCGGAUGCUCCAGAGUUUAUCCAACACAGAGUGAAUGCCUAUAACCUGAGUGAUAAUGUUUAUAAACAUGACUGGGAGAAGAGCAAAGCUAAGAAGUUUGACAUUAAAGUGGACGCCAUUCCCCUGCUGGCAGCCAAAGCCAACAGCAGGAACGCCAGUGAUGUGAUGUACAAGAAGGACUAUGAGAAGAGCAAAGGGAAGAUGAUCGGAGCCCUCAGCAUUAACGAUGACCCGAAGAUGCUACACUCGCUGAAGGCAGCCAAAAACCAGAGUGACCGUGAAUAUCGUAAAGACUAUGAGAAAUCCAAAACCAUCUAUACAGCCCCUCUUGAUAUGCUCCAAGUCACUCAAGCUAAGAAAUCUCAGGCAAUUGCCAGUGAUGUGGACUAUAAGCAUGUCCUACACAAUUAUAGCUACCCACCUGACAGCAUCAAUGUGGACCUGGCCAAGAAGGCCUACGCACUGCAGAGUGAUGUGGAGUACAAAGCUGACUACAACAGCUGGAUGAAAGGCUGUGGCUGGGUCCCUUUUGGGUCCUUAGAAAUGGAAAAGGCAAAGCGAGCUUCAGACAUCCUUAACGAGAAAAAAUAUCGCCAACAUCCAGACACUCUAAAGUUUACUUCAAUUGAAGAUGCUCCAAUUACAGUGCAAUCCAAGAUUAACCAGGCCCAGAGGAGUGAUAUCGCUUACAAAGCCAAAGGGGAGGAAAUCCUGCACAAGUACAGCCUGCCAGCAGACCUGCCGCAGUUCAUUCAGGCUAAAGUCAAUGCCUACAACAUCAGUGAGAAUAUGUACAAGGCAGACUUGAAGGACUUAAGCAAGAAGGGGUAUGACCUGAGGACCGACGCAAUUCCCAUCAAAGCUGCCAAAGCUGCCAGGCAGGCAGCGAGUGAUGUUCAGUACAAAAAAGAUUAUGAAAAAGCUAAAGGCAAAAUGGUUGGCUUCCAAAGUCUUCAGGAUGAUCCUAAGCUGGUUCAUUACAUGAAUGUGGCCAAGAUACAAUCAGACCGGGAAUACAAAAAAGACUAUGAGAAGACAAAGACCAAAUACAAUACACCCCAUGAUAUGUUCAAUGUGGUGGCAGCAAAGAAAGCUCAGGAUGUUGCCAGCAACGUCAACUAUAAGCAUUCUCUCCAUCAUUACACCUAUCUUCCUGAUGCCAUGGACCUGGAGCUGUCCAAAAACAUGAUGCACAUACAGAGUGACAAUGCCUAUAAGGAAGACUACAACACCUGGAUGAAAGGCAUUGGAUGGAUACCUAUCGGCAGUCUUGAUGUAGAGAAAGUUAAAAAGGCGGGUGAUGCCCUUAAUGAAAAGAAGUACAGGCAACAUCCAGACACCCUCAAAUUUACCAGCAUUGUGGACUCCCCAGUUAUGGUCCAAGCGAAACAGAACACACAGCAAGUCAGUGAUAUCUUGUACAAAGCUAAAGGAGAAGAUGUAAAGCACAAAUAUACUAUCAGUCCUGAUCUUCCUCAGUUUCUCCAGGCCAAGUGCAACGCUUACAAUAUAAGUGAUGUCUGCUACAAACGGGACUGGCAUGACUUAAUAGCCAAGGGCAACAACGUACUUGGUGAUGCUAUUCCCAUAGCUGCAGCCAAGGCAUCAAGAAAUAUCGCCAGUGACUAUAAAUACAAGGAAGCUUAUGAGAAGUCCAAGGGAAAACAAGUGGGUUUCAGAAGCCUCCAGGAUGAUCCCAAGCUGGUCCAUUACAUGAAUGUGGCAAAGAUGCAGUCUGAUCGUGAAUACAAAAAGAACUACGAGAACACCAAAACCAGCUAUCAUACCCCCGGAGACAUGGUUAGCAUUACAGCUGCAAAGAUGGCCCAGGAUGUUGCUACCAAUGUCAACUAUAAACAGCCAAUACAUCACUACACAUAUCUUCCUGAUGCCAUGAGUUUCGAGCACACGAGGAAUGCGAAUCAAAUUCAGAGCGAUAAUGUAUACAAGGAUGAGUACAACAACUUCUUCAAGGGCAUUGGAUGGAUUCCUAUUGGUUCUCUGGAAGUUGAGAAGGCAAAAAAAGCAGGUGACGCAUUAAAUGAGAGGAAAUAUCGGCAGCACCCAGACACCAUCAAGUUCACGAGUGUGCCUGAUUCCAUGGGCAUGGUUUUGGCUCAGCAUAACACCAAGCAGCUAAGUGACUUGAAUUACAAGGUGGAGGGGGAGAAAGUGAAACACAAGUACACUCUGGACCCUGACGUGCCUCAGUUCAUUCAAGCUAAGGUCAACGCCCUCAACAUGAGUGAAGCUCACUAUAAAGCAGACUGGAAGAAAACCCUUGCUAAGGGCUAUGACUUGAGACCUGAUGCCAUUCCCAUUGUUGCUGCAAAGAGUUCCAGGAAUAUUGCUAGUGAUUGCAAAUAUAAGGAGGCCUAUGAGAAAGCCAAAGGCAAGCAAAUUGGAUUUCUCAGUCUUCAGGAUGAUCCUAAACUGGUUCAUUACAUGAAUGUGGCCAAGAUACAGUCAGAUCGUGAGUACAAAAAGGGCUAUGAAGCCAGCAAGACCAGGUACCACACGCCUUUGGAUAUGUUCAGUGUGACGGCAGCCAAGAAGUCUCAGGAGGUUGCUACCAACGCCAACUACAAACAGCCUUUCCACAACUAUACUCUCCUGCCGGAUGCCUUGAACGUGGAGCACUCCAGGAAUGCCAUGCAGAUCCAGAGUGAUAAUCUGUAUAAAUCUGACUUCACCAACUGGAUGAAAGGGAUUGGCUGGGUCCCCAUCCAGUCCCUGGAAGUGGAGAAGGCAAAGAAAGCAAGCGAGAUCCUUAGUGAGAAGAAGUAUCGCCAGCAUCCUGAGAAACUCAAGUUCACCUAUGCCAUGGACACCAUGGAACAGGCAUUGAACAAAAGUAACAAACUCAACAUGAACAAGAGGCUCUACACUGAGAAAUGGGAUAAAGACAAGACCACCAUUCAUGUCAUGCCUGAUACUCCAGAUAUCCUGCUCUCCAAAGUAAACCAAAUCACCAUGAGUGAUAAACUGUACAAAGCAGGCUGGGAAGAGGAAAAGAAGAAGGGAUAUGACCUGAGACCUGAUGCCAUCUCUAUAAAGGCUGCCAGAGCUUCUAGAGACAUUGCCAGUGAUUACAAAUACAAGCAAGCAUAUGAACAAGCCAAAGGGAAACAUAUUGGCUUCCGGAGUCUGGAAGACGAUCCCAAGUUGGUGCACUUCAUGCAGGUGGCCAAGAUGCAGUCAGACCGGGAAUACAAAAAGGCCUAUGAGAAAUCCAAGACAUCCUUCCAUACCCCCGUGGACAUGCUCAGUGUGGUAGCAGCCAAGAAGUCCCAGGAGGUGGCCACCAAUGCCAACUACAGGAAUGUGAUCCAUACCUACAACAUGCUUCCUGAUGCCAUGGGCUUUGAGUUGGCCAAAAACAUGAUGCAGAUUCAAAGUGAUAAUCAGUACAAAGCUGACUAUGCUGACUUCAUGAAGGGCAUUGGCUGGCUUCCUCUGGGCUCCUUAGAGGCUGAGAAAAACAAGAAAGCCAUGGAUAUCAUCAGCGAAAAGAAGUACCGCCAGCAUCCAGACACUUUGAAGUACUCUACACUGAUGGAUUCAAUGAACAUGGUUUUGGCACAGAAUAAUGCCAAAAUUAUGAAUGAACACCUCUACAAACAAGCAUGGGAGGCUGACAAGACCAAAGUCCACAUCAUGCCUGAUAUCCCCCAGAUUGUCUUGGCAAAGGCAAAUGCCAUUAACAUGAGUGAUAAACUCUACAAACUUUCUUUGGAAGAGUCUAAGAAGAAAGGCUAUGAUCUCCGAACUGAUGCAAUUCCCAUCAAAGCUGCCAAGGCUUCACGAGACAUUGCAAGUGAUUAUAAAUAUAAGUACAAUUAUGAAAAGCAGAAAGGAAAAAUGGUUGGCUUCCGCAGUCUUGAAGAUGAUCCAAAAUUAGUCCACUCCAUGCAAGUGGCUAAGAUGCAAUCUGAUCGAGAGUACAGGAAAAACUAUGAGACGACAAAGACCAGCUACCACACCCCUGCAGACAUGCUCAGUGUUACGGCCGCCAAGGAUGCCCAAGCCAAUAUCACCAAUACUAACUACAAGCACCUGAUUCACAAGUACAUCCUUCUCCCGGAUGCAAUGAACAUCGAGCUGAGCAGGAAUAUGAAUCACAUUCAGAGUGAUAAUGAAUACAAACAGGACUACAAUGAAUGGUACAAGGGACUUGGCUGGAGUCCAGCUGGUUCCCUAGAAGUGGAGAAGGCCAAGAAAGCAACUGAAUAUGCUAGUGAUCAAAAAUACCGCCAGCAUCCGAGCAACUUCCAGUUUAAGAAGUUGAAUGAUUCCAUGGACAUGGUGCUUGCCAAGCAAAAUGCACAGACUAUGAACAAGCAUUUAUACACUGUUGACUGGAAUAAAGAUAAGACCAAGAUUCAUGUGAUGCCUGAUACACCAGAUAUAUUACAAGCUAAACAGAAUCAAACACUAUAUAGUCAGAAACUCUAUAGACUUGGAUGGGAAGAAGCUUUGAAGAAGGGCUAUGAUCUCCCAGUUGAUGCAAUUUCCGUCCAGCUUGCCAAAGCUUCUAGAGACAUUGCUAGUGAUUUUAAAUAUAAACAAGGCUAUCGCAAGCAGCUGGGCCACCAUGUUGGAUUCCGGAGUUUGCAGGAUGACCCAAAACUUGUGUUGUCCAUGAAUGUAGCCAAAAUGCAGAGUGAAAGAGAAUACAAGAAGGACUUUGAAAAGUGGAAAACCAAGUACACAAGCCCUGUGGACAUGCUGGGGGUGGUGCUGGCCAAGAAGUGCCAGGCCUUGGUCAGUGAUGCCGACUAUAGGAACUACCUGCACCAGUGGACGUGCCUGCCUGACCAGAAUGACGUCAUCCAUGCUAAAAAAGCAUAUGAGUUACAAAGUGAGAAUGUGUAUAAGUCUGACCUUGAGUGGCUGAAAGGCAUAGGAUGGAGUCCCUUAGGUUCUUUGGAAGCAGAAAAGAACAAGAGGGCUUCAGAAAUUAUCAGUGAGAAGAAAUAUCGCCAGCCUCCAGACAGAAACAAGUUCACCAGCAUACCUGAUGCCAUGGAGAUAGUUCUCGCGAAGACGAAUGCCAAGAAUAGGAGUGAUAGACUUUAUAGAGAAGCUUGGGACAAGGACAAGACUCAAAUUCAUAUCAUGCCAGACACACCUGACAUUAUCCUGGCGAAAGCAAACUUGAUCAAUACAAGUGAUAAACUCUACCGAAUGGGUUAUGAGGAGCUAAAGAAAAAAGGGUAUGAUCUUCCCGUUGACGCCAUUCCAAUCAAAGCAGCAAAAGCAUCCCGGGAAAUUGCCAGUGAAUACAAGUACAAAGAAGGCUUUCGCAAGCAGCUGGGUCACCACAUUGGAGCUCGGGACAUUAAGGAUGACCCCAAGAUGAUGUGGUCCAUGCAUGUGGCCAAGAUCCAGAGUGACAGGGAGUACAAGAAGGACUUUGAGAAAUGGAAGACCAAGUUCAGCAGCCCCGUGGACAUGCUGGGGGUGGUGCUGGCCAAGAAGUGCCAGACCUUGGUCAGUGACGCAGACUACAGGAACUACCUGCACCAAUGGACGUGCCUGCCCGACCAGAAUGACGUCAUCCAUGCUCGGCAGGCCUAUGAUCUCCAAAGUGAUAAUUUGUACAAGUCUGACCUUCAGUGGCUAAGAGGCAUUGGCUGGAUGCCUAGUGGUUCUCUUGAGGAUGAGAAGAACAAAAGAGCAACCCAGAUUCUGAGUGACCAUGUCUACCGUCAGCACCCUGAUAAGUUCAAGUUUUCCAGUCUCAUGGACUCCAUACCCAUGGUUUUGGCAAAAAACAAUGCUAUUACGAUGAACCAUCGCCUCUAUACAGAAGCUUGGGAUAAAGAUAAAACCACUGUUCACAUUAUGCCAGAUACACCUGAAGUUUUACUAGCUAAACAAAACAAAGUAAAUUAUAGUGAGAAAUUAUAUAAAAUUGGCCUGGAAGAAGCCAAGAAGAGAGGCUAUGAUAUGCGUAUUGAUGCCAUUCCUAUCAAGACUGCCAAGGCCUCCAGAGACAUUGCAAGUGAAUACAAGUACAAAGAAGGCUAUCGCAAACAACUUGGCCAUCACAUUGGAGCCCGAGCUAUACAUGAUGACCCCAAGAUGAUGUGGUCCAUGCAUGUGGCCAAGAUCCAGAGUGACAGGGAGUACAAGAAGGACUUUGAGAAGUGGAAGACCAAGUUCAGCAGCCCUGUGGACAUGCUGGGGGUGGUGCUGGCCAAGAAGUGCCAGACCUUGGUCAGUGACAUAGACUACAAGAACUACCUGCACCAGUGGACGUGCCUGCCUGACCAGAAUGACGUCAUCCAUGCUCGGCAGGCCUAUGAUCUCCAGAGUGAUAAUAUGUACAAGUCAGAUCUCCAAUGGUUGAGAGGCAUCGGCUGGGUUCCCAUUGGCUCUUUGGAUGUGGAAAAAUGCAAACGGGCAACUGAAAUCUUAAGUGAUAAAAUCUACCGCCAGCCUCCAGACAGAUUCAAAUUUACCAGUGUGACUGAUUCUCUGGAACAGGUGUUGGCUAAGAAUAAUGCCAUCACUAUGAACAAGCGUUUGUAUACAGAAGCUUGGGACAAAGACAAGACCCAGAUCCAUAUAAUGCCAGACACACCAGAAAUUAUGUUGGCAAGAAUGAAUAAAAUCAACUACAGUGAGAGUCUGUACAAACUGGCCAAUGAAGAAGCAAAGAAGAAAGGCUAUGACUUGCGGAGCGAUGCCAUCCCCAUUGUGGCAGCCAAGGCCUCCCGGGAUAUCGCCAGUGAUUACAAAUACAAAGACGGUUACCGCAAGCAACUGGGCCACCACAUUGGAGCCCGGAACAUUGAGGAUGACCCCAAGAUGAUGUGGUCCAUGCAUGUGGCCAAGAUCCAGAGUGACAGGGAGUACAAGAAGGACUUUGAGAAGUGGAAGACCAAGUUCAGCAGCCCCGUGGACAUGCUGGGGGUGGUGCUGGCCAAGAAGUGCCAGACCUUGGUCAGUGACAUAGACUACAAGAACUACCUGCACCAGUGGACGUGCCUGCCUGACCAGAAUGACGUCAUCCAUGCUCGGCAGGCCUAUGAUCUCCAGAGUGAUAAUAUCUAUAAGUCCGAUCUCCAGUGGUUGAAAGGCAUUGGUUGGGUCCCCAUUGGAUCUCUGGAUGUGGUCAAGUGCAAGAGAGCAGCAGAGAUACUGAGUGACAACAUCUACCGCCAGCCUCCAGACAAGCUCAAGUUCACCAGCGUGACUGAUUCUCUGGAACAGGUGCUGGCCAAGAACAACGCCCUCAACAUGAACAAGCGCUUAUACACAGAAGCCUGGGACAAAGACAAGACGCAAAUCCAUAUAAUGCCUGAUACACCGGAAAUCAUGUUAGCAAGGCAGAACAAGAUCAACUACAGUGAGAGUCUCUACAAACUGGCCAAUGAAGAAGCAAAGAAGAAAGGUUAUGACUUGCGGAGCGAUGCCAUCCCCAUUGUGGCAGCCAAGGCCUCCCGGGAUAUCGCCAGUGAUUACAAAUAUAAAGAUGGUUACCGCAAGCAGCUGGGCCACCACAUUGGAGCCCGGAAUAUUGAGGAUGACCCCAAGAUGAUGUGGUCCAUGCACGUGGCCAAGAUCCAGAGUGACAGGGAGUAUAAGAAGGACUUUGAGAAAUGGAAGACCAAGUUCAGCAGUCCCGUGGACAUGCUGGGAGUGGUGCUGGCCAAGAAGUGCCAGACCUUGGUCAGUGACAUAGACUACAAGAACUACCUGCACCAGUGGACGUGCCUGCCUGACCAGAAUGACGUCACCCAUGCUCGGCAGGCCUAUGAUCUCCAGAGUGAUAACGUUUAUAAGUCCGAUCUCCAGUGGUUGAAAGGCAUUGGUUGGGUCCCCAUUGGAUCUCUGGAUGUGGUCAAGUGCAAGAGAGCAGCAGAGAUACUGAGUGACAACAUCUACCGCCAGCCUCCAGACAAGCUCAAGUUCACCAGCGUGACUGAUUCUCUGGAACAGGUGCUGGCCAAGAACAAUGCCAUCAACAUGAACAAGCGCUUAUACACAGAAGCCUGGGACAAAGACAAGACUCAGAUACAUAUGAUGCCUGAUACACCGGAAAUUACAUUAGCAAGACAAAAUAAAAUAAAUUACAGUGAGAACCUGUAUCGCCAGGCCAUGGAAGAAGCCAAAAAGGAAGGCUAUGACUUGAGAAGCGAUGCCAUCCCCAUUGUGGCUGCCAAGGCCUCUCGGGAUAUUGCCAGUGAUUACAAAUAUAAAGAAGCUUAUCGUAAGCAGCUGGGCCACCACAUCGGUGCCCGAGCAAUACAUGAUGACCCCAAGAUGAUGUGGUCCAUGCACAUUGCCAAAGUGCAGAGUGAUCGCGAGUAUAAGAAAGAGUUUGAGAAGUACAAGACACGGUACAGCAGCCCAGUGGAUAUGCUUGGAAUAGUUUUGGCCAAGAAGUGUCAGACCUUAGUCAGUGACGUGGACUACAAAAAUCUUCUGCAUGAAUGGACGUGCCUGCCAGACCAGAAUGAUGUCAUUCAGGCACGGAAAGCCUAUGACCUCCAGAGUGACAAUCUAUAUAAGUCAGACCUGGAAUGGAUGAGAGGCAUAGGCUGGGUUCCCAUUGGUUCCCUUGAAGUUGUCAAAGCCAAGAGGGCAACAGAGAUACUGAGUGACAACAUCUACCGGCAGCGACCAGACAAGUUGAAAUUCACCAGUGUAACUGACUCACUGGAGCAGGUGCUAGCCAAGAACAAUGCAAUCACCAUGAAUAAGCGCUUAUAUACUGAAGCCUGGGACAAUGACAAGAAAACAAUCCAUGUCAUGCCUGAUACACCUGAAAUAAUGUUAGCCAAACUCAACAGAAUAAACUACAGUGAUAAACUCUACAAACUGGCUUUGGAAGAGUCCAAGAAGGAAGGCUAUGACUUGCGGGUGGAUGCCAUUCCCAUCCAGGCAGCCAAGGCUUCAAGAGACAUUGCCAGCGAUUAUAAAUAUAAGGAAGGCUACCGCAAGCAGCUGGGCCACCACAUUGGAGCUCGGAACAUUGAGGAUGACCCCAAGAUGAUGUGGUCCAUGCAUGUGGCCAAGAUCCAGAGUGACAGGGAGUACAAGAAGGACUUUGAGAAAUGGAAGACCAAGUUCAGCAGCCCCGUGGACAUGCUGGGGGUGGUGCUGGCCAAGAAGUGCCAGAUCCUUGUAAGCGACAUAGACUACAAGCAUCCCCUUCACGAGUGGAUCUGCCUGCCUGACCAGAAUGACAUCAUCCAUGCUCGGAAGGCCUAUGAUCUGCAGAGCGAUGCUGUUUACAAGGCUGAUCUUGAGUGGCUCAGAGGCAUUGGCUGGGUUCCCAUUGGUUCCGUGGAGGUUGAGAAGGUGAAACGUGCUGGAGAAAUUCUGAGUGACAGGAAGUACCGGCAACCUGCAGACAAGCUCAAGUUCACAAGCAUUACAGACACCCCAGAGAUUGUCCUGGCAAAGAGUAACGCCCUGAACAUGAGCAAGCAUUUAUACACAGAGGCUUGGGAUGCUGACAAAACUUCCAUCCACGUGAUGCCGGACACCCCGGAAAUCUUGCUGGCUAAGAGUAAUUCUGUCAAUAUCAGCCAAAAACUUUACACCAAGGGAUGGGAUGAGUCCAAGAUGAAGGACUACGAUCUGCAGGCAGAUGCUAUUCCUAUCAAAAGUGCCAAGGCCUCCAGGGACAUCGCCAGUGAUUACAAAUACAAGGAAGCGUAUGAGAAACAGAAGGGCCACCACAUUGGAGCUCAGAGCAUUGAAGAUGACCCCAGGAUCAUGUGCGCCAUGCAUGCAGGGAAAAUUCAAAGUGAAAGGGAAUACAAGAAGGACUUCCAGAAGUGGAAGACCAAAUUCACAAGCCCGGUGGACAUGUUAGGCAUCUUGCUGGCCAAGAAAUGUCAGACCCUAGUCAGCGAUGUUGAUUACCGCAAUUACCUGCAUAACUGGACGUGCUUACCUGAUCAAAAUGACAUUAUCCAUGCGAAGAAGGCCUACGACCUGCAGAGCGAUAAUGUGUAUAAAGCUGACCUGGAGUGGCUGCGUGGCAUUGGGUGGAUGCCUGAAGGCUCCGUGGAAAUGACACGAGUGAAGGGUGCUCAGGACCUCCUUAAUGAGAGACAAUACAGAACGCGCCCGGAAGCCUUGAAGUUCACUACCAUUGUCGACACGCCAGAAAUCGUCCUGGCGAAAACCAACUCUCUGCAAAUGAGUGAGAGGCUGUACCAAGAGGCUUGGAAUAGAGACAAAACCAACAUCAGUAUUCCUUCAGAUACUCCAGUCAUGCUACAAGCCCAAAUCAAUGCUAUGCAAAUCAGCAAUAAACUCUACCAAAAGGAUUGGGAUGAGGCCAAGCAGAAAGGCUAUGACAUAAGAGCAGAUGCCAUUGAGAUCAAACAUGCCAAAGCCUCCAGAGAAAUUGCCAGUGAGUACAAAUACAAAGAAGGUUACCGUAAGCAACUGGGACACCACGUGGGCUUCCGCAGUCUGCAAGAUGACCCCAAACUAGUGUGGUCUAUACAUGCUGCCAAGAUCCAGAGCGACAGAGAGUACAAGAAAGCCUAUGAGAAAUCUAAGUCCGUUUACAACACGCCAUUGGAUAUGAUGUCAAUCGUUCAAGCCAAGAAGUGUCAGGUCCUGGUUAGCGACAUUGAUUAUCGCAAUUAUCUGCACCAGUGGACGUGUCUGCCAGAUCAAAAUGAUGUGAUCCAGGCUAAGAAAGCCUACGAACUACAGAGCGAUACCAUCUAUAAGGCUGACUUGGAGUGGUUGCGUGGCAUUGGUUGGAUGCCUGAGGGCUCCCCAGAAGUGUUGCGAGUCAAGAAUGCCCAGGAGAUCCUAUGUGACAGUGUCUACCGGACCCCUGUGGUGAACCUCAAGUAUACCAGCAUCGUCGACACACCUGAAAUUGUCCUUGCCAAGUCCAAUGCUGAAAACAUUAGCAUUCCAAAGUACAGAGAAGUCUGGGACAAAGAUAAGACUUCCAUCCACAUCAUGCCAGAUACUCCAGAAAUUAAUCUCGCUAGAGCAAAUGCUCUUAAUGUGAGCAACAAAAUCUACCGUGAGGGCUGGGAUGAAGUGAAGAUGAGCUGUGAUGUGCGGUUGGAUGCUAUUCCCAUCCAGGCUGCCAAGGCCUCCAGGGAGAUCGCCAGUGAUUAUAAAUACAAGCUGGACCACGAGAAGCAGAAAGGACACUACGUGGGCACCCUCACAGCCAGGGAUGACAACAGGAUCCGGUGGGCCCUCAUAGCUGGCAAGCUUCAGAACGAGAGAGAGUACAAGAUGCACUGGGCCAAAUGGAAGACCAAGUUCCAAAGCCCGGUGGACAUGCUUUCCAUCUUGCAUUCUAAAAAGUGCCAGACCCUGGUCAGCGACAUUGAUUACCGCAAUUACCUGCACCAGUGGACUUGCAUGCCUGACCAGAAUGAUGUGAUUCAGGCCAAGAAAGCCUAUGAACUGCAAAGCGAUGCUGUUUACAAGGCUGACUUGGAAUGGCUGCGUGGAAUCGGGUGGAUGCCCAAUGACUCCGUGUCUGUCAAUCACGCUAAGCACGCUGCAGAUAUCUUCAGUGAGAAAAAGUAUCGCACAAAAAUAGAAACACUCAACUUUACUCCAGUGGAUGACAGAGUUGAUUAUGUGACAGCAAAACAAAGUGGCGAGAUCCUGGAUGAUAUUAAAUACCGGAAAGACUGGAAUUCUAUCAAGUCGAAGUACACCCUCACAGAAACCCCUCUGCUGCAUACGGCCCAGGAGGCUGCACGGAUACUGAAUCAGAACCUGUACAAGGAAGGCUGGGAGAAACAAAAAGCCACGGGUUACAUCCUGCCUCCAGAUGCUGUGCCAUUUGUUCAUGCUCAUCACUCCAGUGACGUUCAGAGUGAGCUGAAAUACAAAGCUGAGCAUGUGAAGCAAAGAGGUCACUAUGUCGGUGUUCCAACAAUGAGAGAUGAUCCUAAACUGGUUUGGUUUGAGCAUGCAGGCCAGAUCCAGAAUGACAGACUUUACAAAGAGGACUAUCACAAAACAAAGGCCAAAAUCAACAUACCUGCUGAUAUGGUGUCCGUUGUGGCUGCCAAGGAAGGGCAGACCCUUGUCAGUGACAUCGAUUAUCGUAAUUACCUGCACCAGUGGACAUGUCAUCCCGACCAAAAUGAUGUGAUUCAGGCAAGGAAGGCCUAUGACCUACAGAGCGAUAAUGUCUACAAAGCGGACCUGGAGUGGCUCCGAGGCAUUGGCUGGAUCCCUCUCGAUUCUGUGGAUCAUGUACGGGUUACUAGGAACCAGGAAAUGGUGAAUCAGAUAAAAUACAAGAAAGAUGCUCUGGACAACUACCCUAACUUUACAAGUGUCGUGGAUCCUCCUGAGAUUGUUCUGGCCAAGAUUAAUGCAGUCAACCAGAGUGAUGUAAAAUACAAAGAAACAUUUAAUAAAGCCAAGGGCAAGUACACGUUUUCUCCAGAUACACCACACAUCUCCCACUCCAAAGACAUGGGAAAACUCUACAGCACUAUACUGUACAAAGGGGCAUGGGAGGGAACCAAAGCCUAUGGUUACACCCUGGAUGAGCGCUACAUUCCCAUCGUUGGAGCCAAGCAUGCCGAUCUGGUGAACAGUGAGCUUAAAUACAAAGAAACAUAUGAGAAACAAAAAGGUCAUUAUUUGGCUGGAAAAGAGAUCAGUGAGUUCCCUGGUGUUGUUCACUGCCUGGAUUUCCAAAAAAUGAGGAGUGUGUUGAACUACAGAAGAGAUUAUGAGAAUACCAAAGCAAAUGUUCAUAUCCCCAAUGAUAUGAUGAACCACGUAUUGGCUAAAAGGUGCCAGUACAUCCUCAGUGACCUGGAGUAUCGACACUACUUUCACCAGUGGACUUCCCUUCCUGAAGAACCUAAUGUGAUACAUGCCCGAAACGCCCAGGAGAUCAUCAGUGAUAAUGUGUACAAAGAUGAUUUGAACUGGUUGAAAGGCAUUGGCUGCUACGUGUGGGAUACACCCCAGAUUCUCCAUGCCAAGAAAUCAUAUGACCUCCAGAGUCAGCUACAAUACACCGCUGCAGGUAAAGAAAAUUUGCAAAACUACAACCUGGUCACCGAUACGCCGCUUUACGUGACUGCUCUUCAAAGUGGCAUUAACGCCAGCGAGGUGAAAUAUAAAGAAAAUUACCAUCAGAUCAAGGACAAAUACACGACAGUUCUUGAAACAGUGGAUUAUGACAGAACCAAGAAUCUGAAAGAUCUGUACAGCAGCAACCUGUACAAGGAGGCCUGGAACAAAGUGAAAGCCACCAGCUACAUCCUGCCAACCAGCACCUUGUCCCUGACGCAUGCCAAGAACCAGAAGCACCUGGCCAGCCAUAUCAAAUAUCGGGAGGAAUAUGAAAAGUUCAAAGCUCUCUAUACUUUACCAAAAAGUGUUGAAGAUGACCCAAACACAGCUCGGUGCCUCAGAGUUGGCAAGCUUAACAUUGAUCGCCUCUAUAGAUCAGUUUACGAAAAGAACAAGAUGAAAAUCAACAUUGUGCCUGACAUGGUAGAGAUGGUGACUGCCAAGGAUUCUCAGAAGAAAGUCAGUGAGGUUGAUUACCGCCUGCACCUCCAUGAGUGGAUCUGCCACCCCGACUUACAAGUCAACAGUCACGUCAGGAAAGUCACAGACCAGAUCAGCGAUAUUGUGUAUAAAGAUGAUCUCAACUGGCUGAAAGGCAUUGGUUGCUAUGUCUGGGACACUCCUGAAAUUCUCCAUGCCAAACAUGCUUAUGACCUACGCAACGAUAUCAAGUACAAAGCUCAUGUACAGAAAACGAGGAAUGACUACAAGUUGGUCACAGAUACACCAGUCUACGUGCAGGCUGUCAAGAGUGGGAAGCAGCUAAGUGACGCUGUCUACCACUAUGACUAUGUGCACAGUGUCAGAGGCAAAGUGGCACCAACCACAACAACUGUGGAUCUGGACCGGGCCCUCCAUGCAUACAAGCUCCAGAGUGAGAAUCUUUACAAAACCAGCCUUCGCACUCUGCCCACUGGAUAUCGGCUUCCUGGAGAUACCCCUCACUUCAAGCACAACAAAGACAUCCGUUACAUGAGCAGUUAUUUUAAGUACAAGGAAGUUUAUGAGCACAUGAAGGCAAAUGGGUAUACUCUCGGCCCCAAUGAUGUGCCGUUUGUCAACGUCCGGAGAGUCAACCAAGUUACCAGCGAGAGACUGUACAGAGAACUGUACCACAAGCUUAAAGACAAGAUUCACACCACUCCUGACACUCCAGAAAUUCGCCAGGUCAAAAAGACACAGGAAGCUGUCAGUGAGUUGAUCUACAAAUCAGACUUCUUCAAGAUGCAGGGCCACAUGAUCUCCCUGCCGUACACACCCGAAGUGCUGCACUGCCGCUACGUGGGAGACAUCACCAGUGACAUUAAAUACAAAGAGGACUUGCAGAUCCUGAAGGGCCUUGGCUGCUUCCUGUAUGACACUCCGGACAUGGUGCGCUCCCGACACCUGCGGAAGCUCUGGUCUAACUAUCUGUACACUGACAAUGCCAGGAAGAUGCGGGACAAAUACCAAGUGGUGCUUGACACUCCAGAAUACAGAAAAGUGCAAGAGCUGAAGACCCACCUGAGUGAGCUUGUGUACAGAGCUUCUGGCAAGAAGCUGAAGUCCAUCUUCACUUCAGUUCCUGACACUCCUGACCUUUUAAGAGCCAAGCGAGGGCAGAAGCUGCAGAGUCAGUAUUUGUAUGUUGAACUUGCCACCAAAGAAAGACCCCAUCAUCAUGCUGGAAAUCAGACCACAGCCCUAAAACAUGCUAAAGAUGUGAAGGACAUGGUGAGCGAGAAAAAAUAUAAGAUUCAGUAUGAAAAGAUGAAGGACAAAUACACCCCAAUUCCAGAUACCCCAAUCCUCAUCAGGGCCAAGAAUGCUUACUGGAACGCCAGUGAUCUACGGUACAAGGAAACCUUUCAGAAGACCAAAGGGAAGUACCACACUGUGAAGGAUGCCUUGGACAUUGUUUAUCAUCGCAAAGUCACUGAUGACAUCAGUAAAGUGAAAUACAAGGAGAACUACAUGAAACAGUUGGGAAUCUGGAGGUCCAUCCCUGACCGGCCAGAGCACUUCCACCACCGGGCGGUCACUGAUGCCGUCAGUGAUGUGAAAUACAAAGAAGACUUAACCUGGUUGAAAGGCAUUGGUUGCUAUGCCUAUGAUACACCUGACUUCACUCUGGCUGAAAAGAACAAGACUCUCUACAGCAAGUAUAAAUAUAAAGAGGUAUUUGAAAGGACAAAGUCAGAUUUCAAGUACGUUGCCGACUGUCCAAUCAACAGACAUUUCAAAUAUGCAACUGAGUUGGUGAAUGAGAAAAAAUACAGAGCUGAUUAUGAGCAGCGGAAAGAUAAAUACCACCUGGUAGUCGAUGAGCCUAGACAUCUGUUGGCUAAGACCGCAGGCGACCAGAUCAGUCAGAUUAAAUAUAGGAAAAAAUAUGAAAAAUCAAAGGACAAAUUCACCUCCAUCGUGGAUACUCCAGAACACCUGCGUACUACAAAAGUCAACAAACAAAUCAGUGACAUACUUUAUAAAUUGGAAUACAACAGGGCCAAACCCCGAGGCUACACCACAAUCCACGACACACCCAUGCUGCUGCAUGUCCGCAAGGUCAAAGAUGAAGUCAGUGACCUGAAAUACAAAGAAGUUUACCAAAGAAAUAAGUCUAACUGCACAAUUAAGCCAGAUGCUGUUCAUAUCAAAGCGGCCAAGGACGCCUACAAAGUCAACACGAAUUUGGACUACAAAAAGCAGUAUGAAGCCAACAAAGCCCACUGGAAGUGGACUCCGGACCGGCCAGACUUCAUCCAGGCUGCCAAGUCAUCCCUGCAGCAAAGCGAUUUUGAAUACAAGCUGGACCGAGAGUUCCUCAAGGGCUGCAAGCUUUCUGUCACUGAUGAUAAAGACAUGGUGCUGGCUCUCAAGAAUUCGAUCAUAGAAAGUGAUCUGAAAUACAAAGAGAAGCACGUCAAGGAAAGAGGAAGUUGCCAUGCCGUUCCCGACACUCCUCAGAUCCUUCUGGCAAAGACUGUCAGCAACCUGGUGUCUGAGAACAAGUACAAGGACCACGUCAAGAAGCACUUGGCCCAGGGCUCAUACACAACACUUCCUGAGACCCGGGAUACUGUUCACGUCAAGAAAGUGACCAAGCACGUCAGUGACACAAAUUACAAAAAGAAGUUUGUCAAGGACAAAGGGAAAUCCAACUACUCCAUCAUGCAGGAGCCUCCAGAGGUGAAACACGCUAUGGAAGUGGCCAAGAAGCAGAGUGAUGUUGCUUACAAGAAGGAUGCCAAAGAAAACCUACAUUACACCACAGUGGCUGACCGGCCAGACAUUAAGAAGGCCACGCAGGCAGCCAAACAGGCCAGUGAGGUGGAGUACAGAGCCAAGCACCGCAAGGAAGGCAGCCAUGGGCUGAGCAUGCUCGGUCGCCCAGACAUUGAAAUGGCCAAGAAGGCAGCCAGGCUGAGCAGCCAGGUUAAAUACCGGGAAAAUUUUGACAAAGAGAAGGGAAAGACGACAAAAUACAAUCCAAAAGACAGCCAGCUCUAUAAGACCAUGAAAGAUGCUAAUAAUCUUGCAAGUGAGGUAAAAUAUAAGGCUGACUUGAAGAAGCUUCACAAACCUGUGACUGACAUGAAGGAAUCUCUGAUAAUGAAUCAUGUCCUGAACACAAGCCAGCUCGCCAGUUCUUACCAGUACAAGAAGAACUAUGAGAAGAGUAAAGGCCACUACCACACAAUCCCUGAUAAUCUGGAGCAGCUUCACCUCAAAGAGGCCACAGAAUUACAGAGUAUAGUGAAAUACAAAGAAAAGUAUGAAAAGGAACGAGGCAAGCCCAUGCUGGACUUUGAAACGCCCACCUACAUCACUGCCAAGGAGUCUCAGCAGAUGCAGAGUGGGAAAGAAUACAGGAAAGAUUAUGAAGAGUCCAUUAAAGGCAGAAACCUGACUGGCCUGGAGGUCACACCCGCUUUAUUACAUGUCAAAUAUGCAACCAAAAUAGCCAGCGAGAAAGAAUACAGGAGAGAUCUGGAGGAGAGCAUCCGUGGGAAAGGGCUCACUGAGAUGGAAGACACACCUGACAUGCAGAGAGCCAAGAAUGCCACCCAGAUCCUCAAUGAGAAAGAAUAUAAACGAGACUUGGAGCUGGAGGUCAAAGGAAGAGGACUGAAUGCCAUGGCCAAUGAGACUCCAGAUUUCAUGAGGGCCAGGAAUGCUACUGAUAUUGCCAGUCAGAUUAAAUACAAGCAAUCAGCAGAAAUGGAAAAAGCCAAUUUCACUUCUGUGGUCGACACUCCUGAGAUCAUUCAUGCCCAGCAAGUCAAGAACCUUUCCAGCCAGAAAAAAUACAAGGAAGAUGCUGAGAAGUCCAUGUCAUAUUAUGAGACUGUGUUGGACACCCCAGAGAUGCAGAGAGUCCGGGAGAACCAGAAGAACUUCAGCAAUCUCCAAUACCAGUGUGACCUUAAAAACAGUAAAGGAAAAAUUACAGUUGUUCAAGACACGCCAGAAAUACUGCGUGUUAAAGAAAAUCAAAAGAAUUUCAGCUCGGUUUUAUAUAAAGAGGACGUCUCACCUGGAACAGCAAUUGGAAAGACACCAGAGAUGAUGAGAGUGAAGAAAACACAGGAUCACAUCAGUUCGGUGAAGUAUAAGGAAGCAAUUGGACAAGGAACUCCAAUCCCCGACCUGCCUGAAGUGAAACGCGUCAAGGAGACCCAGAAGCACAUUAGCUCGGUUAUGUACAAAGAAAACUUGGGAACAGGCAUUCCAACAACUGUCACUCCAGAGAUUGAGAGAGUCAAACGCAAUCAAGAGAACUUUAGCUCGGUUUUGUACAAAGAAAAUCUGGGGAAAGGAACCCCAACAGCUGUCACUCCAGAGAUGGAGAGAGUAAAACGCAAUCAAGAGAACUUUAGCUCGGUGCUGUACAAAGAGAACAUGGGCAAGGGGACCCCUAUAGCGGUCACUCCAGAGAUGGAGAGAGUGAAACACAAUCAAGAGAACAUUAGCUCGGUCUUGUACAAGGAAAAUGUGGGGAAAGCCACCCCGACCCCUGUCACUCCAGAGAUGCAGAGAGUCAAACGCAAUCAAGAAAACAUUAGCUCGGUAUUGUACAAAGAGAACCUGGGGAAGGCAACCCCCACACCCUUUACUCCUGAGAUGGAAAGAGUCAAACGCAACCAAGAAAACUUUAGCUCGGUAUUGUACAAAGAGAAUAUGAGAAAGGCAACUCCGACACCUGUUACUCCUGAGAUGGAGAGAGCUAAGCGCAACCAAGAAAAUAUUAGCUCGGUUCUUUAUUCGGAUAGCUUCCGGAAACAAAUACAAGGCAAAGCAGCCUACGUGUUGGACACUCCGGAGAUGAGACGGGUGAGAGAAACCCAACGACACAUCUCCACCGUGAAAUAUCAUGAAGACUUUGAGAAAAGCAAGGGCUGCUUCACACCAGUGGUGACUGACCCUAUCACCGAGCGAGUGAAGAAGAACAUGCAGGACUUCAGUGACAUCAACUACCGAGGUAUUCAGAGGAAAGUGGUAGAAAUGGAACAGAAACGGAAUGACCAGGAUCAGGAAACUGUCACAGGCUUACGUGUCUGGCGUACUAAUCCUGGAUCAGUUUUUGACUAUGAUCCAGCAGAAGACAACAUUCAAUCCCGCAGUUUACACAAGCUCAACGUCCAAGCCCAGCGCAGGAGCAGGGAACAGUCGCGAUCUGCCAGUGCACUGAGUAUCAGUGGGGGUGAAGAGAAGUCUGAGCAUUCAGAAGGAGCCAACCACUACCUCUCCACCUACAGCGAAGGGGGCAUCUUCUCCACAACCUCAACAGCUUACAAACACGUAAGAACCACGGAGCUCCCCCAACAGCGGUCAUCGUCAGUUGCCACCCAACAGACGACAUUAUCCUCUAUUCCGUCCCACCCAUCCACUGCCGGAAAAAUUUUCCGUGCCAUGUAUGACUACAUGGCCGCUGAUGCAGACGAGGUGUCCUUCAAAGAUGGAGAUGCUAUCGUCAACGUCCAAGCUAUCGACGAAGGUUGGAUGUACGGCACAGUGCAGAGGACUGGCAGGACAGGCAUGCUCCCUGCCAACUAUGUUGAAGCAAUUUAGUUAAUUUGCAGUCAGCAAAAACUAGUCAGUAAAGACUAUCACUCAUUCUCAAGGUGCCCAGUGAUUUUUCUUUGUCAAUCUGUUUAGAAUAGCACCAUCCCCAAUCUACUGACUACAUUUAUAUGGGCUCUAAAAAUUCUCCAGUAAAACAAAUGCUACUUAUUGGAAUUGUAUCUUCACUUGCUGGACUUGCACGUAAUACUUUUGAGACACAAAACUUAUGUUCUUUCAAAACUUCCACCAAAAUCUCUUCUGGGGAUUUUAAGGUUUAAAAGCUUUUACAAUGUUAUAUUAGCAAUCCUGUACAAAAAUGUUUAACAUUAUUAUGACGACUCUUAAAAUGAACAGGUCAAACAUACUAAUGCCAAAAUGACAUACUCUUUUCUCUGCUUUGAUGGAUGCUACUACCGGUUUUAUUCGAAUUCAGUUAGAACCAAUAGAAAAUAGACUUGUAAUUAAAAAAACUGCAAUAAAAUCUGUAAUUCUGCAAUAAACAUGGCUAAA